AUGAGGAUGUUACUACAAAAAACGGCUGACAGUAAGGGAUUUGAUAGAGAAGGUAAGUUGCGAGCCAUUUGUGGUGGUGGACGUUAUGAUCAUUUGCUUUCUACUUUUGGCGGUGAUGACAUUCCUGCGUGUGGUUUUGGCUUUGGUGAUGUUGUCAUUAUCGAACUGCUAAAGGAGAGACAACAUAUACCAGAAGUUCCACUUGAAUUGGAGAACAUUGUUUGCUCGUUGGAUCCCGAUCUUCAAGGUGCAGCUGCAACUGUUGCUACCCUUCUUAGAGGAAAGAGCCAGUGUGUUGAUUGGGUUUUGGAAAAACAAACCACUUAA